GUAUAAGAUUCCCCUCACAUUUCGCGAGAGUUUAGUAGACGUCUAGCUCACUUAGAAUCAGUAUGAAGCUCCAAAGUGUCGUCGUGUUUGUUGCUCUCUGCAUUUUGGGCCUGACCGAAAUGGCCAGCGCAGUUUGUUUGCUGAGGAACGUAACGCGGCCCGUUCAAUACUGGUACCAGUGCUUCAAAUCGGACCAGAAUUACUUAUCAGACUUAAGAAAAUCACCGAUCGACAUACCAGUGGUGACGUUUACGAACUCGAGGAUACCAAUCGUACGUGAUGGAUCCUUCACUCGUUUUGGCAGAACUUUGGAAACCCUCGGAUUUCUGUUCAGCGGUGUUGAAGAGAUCGAGGAUCGUGCCUUUUGGGGUCUUCGUCAGUUGAACGUGCUCGCUCUCCCUGGAAAUAAAUUGAAAAUUAUGAAAAGUGCAUGGUUCGAGGGACUUCCAAAUUUGCGGAGAGUUUCGUUGGAAAAUAAUCAGAUAAAAUACAUCGAAGAAAACGUCUUUGCGGUUCUUCCACCCCUGGAAUGGCUCGACGUUUCCAGUAAUCAACUCAGCUGCAUCCCAACCGUUAAAGCUGCCAAUUUUCAAACACGUGACUUCCAGUUUCGGAACAACCGGCUCACCUGGACUUGCCAGGUCUUGGUGAUAGAUUGGCUCAAGGAAGCAGGAAUCAGGACGGACUACCUUGACUUUGGCAACCUGGAUCCACCGUAUGACCUUGCGAAAAUCUGCGUGUCUAAGCUGCCGACUCCUAAGCUAGACGAAGCAUUUCUCAACAAAUGCGUCGAGGAGACUACCCGCAAAUAUUUACCCCCCAUGGUGGAUUACACCGUUAAAGAUAUGUGCGAAUACCUCAAAGACAGGCCCUCUCCGUUCUUGGAUUGUUCCGUAUAAAGAAUAUUGCGAAAACUGUCACGUACUUGUAAUAUUCAUGUAACGAGCAAUAACGAACUCGUAUCAUGUUGCAAAUUGAGCAGUCUUAAUUAUCAAAUUACCGUCUAUAUUGCUUUUUUCCUGCAGAAGUAGGCAGUACUUGAGCUGUCUCACAAUCAAAAUUCAUACUGCAAUAAGUCACUUCCUGAAAAUAGUGGAAUUACCAAAAUGUAGUGUAACGAAUCGAACGCAAAUGUUUUGUUAUCACAAAAUAUAUCUGCAAUCCUUUCCGCAUGUCCCUACGUUGAGUAUCCAAAAAGUUCUUUUGCACCAGCGUAACAAAUCCCCCCCCUUGCCCCCCCAAAAUAGACCAAUUACCAAUUACACUUGCCUCUCUAAACAGGCCAACUAAGUAGUUCGCAGAAGGUUGUUCGAGUAAAUUGAUACUCAGGAGAUGAUGUACGAGGAUAAUCUUCAAACGUGCCUCUUUCAGUCUUUCAUAUUAUAGCUUCUCCUCCUUCAUUGGUUGAAUUACGCGCAGGAGAAGGAGAGCGGGACAUUCGCAGUAUAAGAUUUCGCUGAGCAUUCGAGAUAAUUCAGUCUGCGGUCAUUCAAGGAUCAGUAUGAAGCUACACUGCUUGUUAGCAUUAGUCUUUGGCACGGUGGGGUUUGCCAAUUUGUCGAGGAGUUCGUGUUUGCUCCGAAAUGCGAAACCGAAUGUGUACUGGUACCAGUGCUUCAGGACGGAUAAUUAUUUGGCCGAUGUGGAAAGGGCACCAAUCGAUGUGCACAGAGUGACGUUUGCCAAUUCGAACAUAAAAGUUCUGCUGAACGGAUCUUUCAGCCGUUUCAGUAAGAAUUUGGAACGGUUGGGAUUUUUCUACUGUGGUACCGAAGAAAUUGAAAACCACGCUUUUCACGGACUGACAGAGCUGGAAUAUCUUGCCGUCACCGGAGGCAAAUUGCAGGUGAUAAAGGGCGCGUGGUUUGAGGGGCUUUCGAAAUUGCGGAUUGUUUCGUUCCAAAACAAUCAAAUCAAGCAUAUAGAAGACAGUUUUUUCUCCACGGCCCCAUUUCAAAUGGUAGACAUUACCUCGAACCAUAUAACGUGCCUUUCAACUACUGCGUUGGCCAAUUUCAAAACGCUGGAGUUCUACUUCCAUCACAAUCGUCUCUCGUGGAUGUGCCAAGACAUGAUAAUAGACUGGUUGAAGGACAAGAACAUUGAGACAGCGGAACACUUCCCCGAGUAUAAGGAGGCACCCUACGAGCUUGUUAAAAUGUGUUCAAACAAAUUGCCCAAGGCUAAUCUUGACGAAGAAACUUUUAUCAAAUGCAUUGAAAACAUGACCAGCGAAUUGUUACCCGACAGACAGAAUUACACCGUUAAACAGUUCUGCGAAUUUCUGGAGAACAAAACGUCCCCUUUCUUAAAUUGUAAGGAAGAUUGAAAAUAAAUAAAAUAGCUCGUAUAAUCUGUCAUAACUUGACGCUUGAUAUGGCUGUAUUGUAUUUCGUUAGAAAUUAGGCCACACAAAUUGCCUCUGUCCUUAAUAUUUCUCUCCAUUCUUCAUACCUCGCGAUCACACCAAAGAUAUUAUUUUGAUUGACCACUGAUUGUUACCAGAUCUGCAAUUAUGUAAUGCAGCAUUAAUAAAACGUCGAUUUAAUUCUCCCAAAAUUUGCUAUAAACAAAUAUUAUACU